AAGCUGGUAGAACCCAAAGUGUACUACUGCCAGGUUACUAGCAGCGGAGCAGUCGGCGUUGCACAGCACAUGGCUAUCUAAAGCCUCGGUAUGCCCUUCCUAUGGUCUUCAUUUCUAAACCUAGUAGUUCAUCGGAUAGAUUGGAGCGUCAGAUCCAGAUGACCACUGUCCUAAUCCUCGGCAGUUGUUCGCACCAUACCCUAUUUUUAUGGACUGGUGUGGUAGAGAACCAUCUGAUCGGCUACACUGCAGCGCCAUGAAUUUAUGCUAAUGAAUUCGGCUGGUCCAUUGGCUUCC